AUGAGUCAACAGAAAAACAUGGCAGAAACGGCCCAGUCCUCGAACACCCCGCAGCGUGCUGGCGAGCAAUUUUUCAACGCCGCUGAAGGAAUUGCUGCCGAUGAUGAUUUCAGUGCCUACGAAGAAGCGGCACGAUCCGAUACUACUUCUCUCGCCUCAAGUGUGUUGAAUUAUCAGUAUGAGAAUGGACGACGCUACCAUGCCUAUAGCCAGGUGCACCACAUCGAAUUCCCCUCAGCGCGUGUUAUUGGCAAUGACUUGAGUCCCAUUCAGCCUGCGUGGGUUCCUCCAAACCUCGAGUUCGUUGUUGACGAUUUCGAGAAAGAUUGGAUCUAUGAUGAAAACUACUUCGAUUUCAUCCAUGCCCGGACACUUGCAGGGAGUGUCAAGGACUGGAAGUGGUUGAUUCGCAAGGCAUAUAAUCAUUUAAAGCCCAAUGGAUACUUUGAGGCUGUUGAAAUCGAUGUCUGGGCAUGGAGUGAUGAUAGCACCCUUAAGGAUGAUUCGCCGUACAUGCAAUACCUACGAAACCUACAUGAAGCCGGGAACAGGACUGGAAGGAAGAUGAACAUUGCUCCCAAUUUGAAGGAUUGGAUCAAGGAGACAGGAUUUGAAGAUGUUACUGAAAGUGUCUAUGUGGUGCCACUCGGGCCAUGGCCCAAGGACCCAAACUAA